UAGUUGGGAAUUGUAGACACUUCCCACUCUAGGAAUUAUUCGACUAAGCUUAAUCUAGAUUAAUCUUAAUAGUUAAUAAGUUAAAUCGAUCGACUUUCAACAUCAACGAACCACUACCAAAAAAAAUGAAGGUGGCAAUUUUCAAUUUGGUGCUAGCGGCUGUCUUGCUCGGUCUUCUCUCAGGCGUUCACGGACGCCAAACUCCGACGAGAGUCGCCAGGUCUUCUGGCGACACUGGUGAUGCCGGUGUGGUGAGGCACGAGAGGAGUGUGAUGGGGGAUGAUGGUGGUGAUGAAGACCUUGCAGCAUCACCCAGCCAGCAGUUCUCUGUCAUCACCUCGGCUGAUCUACAGACGGCUGCUGGAGGCCACGGCAAAGGCCACAAGAGCAGCCAUAGCAGCGGGUCAAAGAAGGCAUCAGGACACAAGAGCGGCAAAGGCUUCAAGAGCGAGAAAGGCUUCGACGGCGGCGAGAAGGGCAGCUUUGGCAAGAGUGGCAAAGCCGGCUUCUUUGACAAAGGCGGCAAGAGCUCCAAAGGAGACCACCACAAGAGUAGCAAACACGGCAGCUUCAAGAAAGGCGAGAAAGGAGGCAAGGGACACAAGAAAGGUUCCAAAGGCUCCUUUGGCAAGGGUCACUCUAAGAAGGGCUUUAAGAACGCUCACAGCAAGUCAGAAAAAGGCUUCUCUUCGAACUUCCACGACAAAGGCGGCAAGUCUGGACACGACAGCGACCACAAGUCCUUCGACUCGCACUUCAAGAGCGGCAAAGGCGGCAGCUUUGAAGGCGGAAAAUUCGGGGGAAGCAAGAAGCACAGCGGCAAGGGCAGCAAAGGAUUCUUCGACGAAGGCAGCAGCAAAGGCAGCAAGAGUGGACACAGUGGCAAGUUUGGCUCCAAAGGCAGCCACGGACACAAAAGCUCUCAUGGCAAGAGCGGUGGACACAAGAGCAGCAAGAGCAGCAAACAUUAACAGCCGCAAUAACAGCGACGGCAUCGCGUUUAAUCCCGACAUGGCGACCCUACAUAGAGAAAACAAUUCAAAUUAUUUAUUUUCUUGUAAUCUUUACUCAAACUAUAAAUAUGGGCUAAAUUAUAUUGGACCUGGAGACCUUACACGGACAGAACAAACCAGAGCAAGUAUUUUCUAGCAAUUUUUUCUCAAACUUCAUACAUGGAUAAAAUUUUAUUUAGAUCGUAAUUGAUAUCACGCCAAAUUCCAGCCAUUGCAUACUUUCACAUUUUAAAAAAUAUCACUAAAUUAAUAAAUUUAAAUAAAUUCAACCUUAAUAUGCGAUAAUGAUUUGGGAGUGAAAAAAAAUUCAGAUGCUUGAUGUAAAAUUUCUAAAUGAUCAAUAGACACACGUGAAACUUCUACUAAUGAUAUAACUUCUUAAAUUUCACUAUUAUUGACUUCCAGUAGUCAGUCAGUUCCCGCUCUCCAAACUGUCAUUUAGUAAAUUAAUGACAACGACUUUAUUUAAUGAUAAUGAUAACGAUUUUAUCCGAACUUUUUAAAAUUAUUCCAUGCGAACGACCGAGAUAUAAACAUUCUCGCUGA